AUGUCAGGUCAACGUUUCUCACAACCACAAACCAAUGAUCCCUUUCUUCAUCUCAAAAUCCUCUCAAACUCCGACGGCACAAUCACUCGCCUCCGUGGAGACCCACACACCCCACCUUCACCAAAUCCAAACCUUCCAAUCUCCGUUCUCACCAAAGAUAUCCCCAUAAACGCUUCACACAACACCUCCGCAAGAAUAUUCCUACCCCGCAGAACACUCAAUCCCUCCUCCUCCAAUAAACUCCCUCUUAUCGUUUACUUUCACGGUGGCGGUUUCAUCUUCUUCAGUGCAGCCUCAGAUUUUUUCCACGAUUUUUGUUCCAACCUCGCAAACGACGUUAACUCCGUCGUAGUAUCCAUCGACUACCGUCUGGCUCCUGAGCACCGUUUACCGGCUGCAUACGAUGAUGCCAUGGAAGCGCUGCACUGGAUCAAAACCAAACCAGACGUUUGGUUGAAAAGCUAUGCUGAUUAUUCAAAUUGUUACAUCAUGGGAGGUAGCGCCGGUGCAAAUAUAGCUUAUCACGCAAGUCUGCGUGUAGCUGCUGAGAUUAAUCUGAAUAGCGAUUAUAUAAAUCAACUUAAUAUCAGAGGACUUAUAUUGUCGCAACCGUUUUUCGGUGGGACGGAGAGACUACCAUCGGAGCUGAGGCUGAUAAACGAUGCCGUUGUGCCGCCGCACGUGUGUGAUUUGAUGUGGGAACUAUCAUUGCCGUUUGGUGUUGACCGGGAUCAUGAGUAUUGUAAUCCAACGGUUGGUGAUGGAGUUGGAGUUUUAGAUAGGGUGAGGGAGCUUGGUUGGAGGGUGCUGGUGAGUGGGUGUGAGGGGGAUCCGUUGAUGGACCAUCAGAUGGCGGCGGCGAGAGUGAUGGAAGAGAAGGGUGUGGUGGUGGUGAGAAGUUUUACGGCAGGCGGGUGUCAUGGGGUUGAGGUUCGUGACCUCGUCAAGCAAAAGCAAUUGCAUAAUCUAAUCAAAGAAUUUAUUUCUUUUCACCUAUAA